AUUGGUAACAUCUUUGUUUUCCAGGUUGCUGGAGGAGCCAAUAUGACUCAGAUUUCAGAAGCACUGAACCGGUAUAGGAAUAGGUCAUGUUUUAUGAAGGAAGCUCUCUACAGGCUCUUCACAGAGACAUUUUCAAUGCAGGUAACCAUGCCUGCUAUAUUAAAGCUUGUGGCUAUAGGAAUGAGGAAUCAUCCAUUGGAUUUUCCAGUACAGUUCACAGCCAGCGCUUGCGCCCUCAACUUAACACGCCAGGGCCUGGCCAAGGGGAUGCCUGUUCGUCUGCUGUCAGAGGUUACCUGUCUGCUUUUCAAGGCUCUGAAAAAUUUUCCCCAUUACCAGCAGUUACAGAAGAACUGUCUUCUCUCCUUAACCAAUUCCAGGAUUCUUGUGGAUGUUCCAUUUGACAGGUUUGAUGCUGCCAAGUUUGUUAUGAGAUGGCUCUGUAAGCAUGAAAACCCCAAGAUGCAAACAAUGGCAGUAAGCAUCACCUCAAUUCUAGCCUUGCAGCUCUCACCUCAGCAAACUGCACGACUUAAAGAAGAGCUCUUCAUGGCAGUUAAGGAACUUCUAGCAAUAGUAAAACAAAAGACUACUGAGCAUUUAGAUGAUGUCACCUUCUUGUUUACUUUGAAAGCACUUUGGAAUCUUACAGAUGAGUCUCCAGCUGCCUGCAAGCACUUUAUUGAAAAUCAAGGAUUGACAAUCUUCAUCCAAGUCUUGGAGACAUUUUCAGAGUCAACAAUACAAAGCAAAGUACUUGGUCUUUUGAACAACAUAGCUGAAGUCAGAGAACUCUCUUCCAAGUUGAUGACUGAAGAUGUGGUGAAGCAUAUCAGCAGCUUGCUCCAUAGCAAGGAAUUAGAAGUCAGCUAUUUUGCUGCAGGCAUCAUAGCUCACCUGACAUCUGACAAACAGCCCUGGAUAUCCCAUGACCUUCAGAGGAGUGCUCUUCUCCAGGAUCUGUAUGCAACCAUCCAGAAUUGGCCAAGUUCAAGUUGUAAGAUGACAGCAUUGGUGACCUACAGAUCCUUUAAGGCAUUUUUCCCACUCCUUGGCAACUUCUCUCAACCAGAGGUCCAACUCUGGGCACUAUGGGCCAUGUAUCAUGUCUGCAGUAAAAACCCCAGCAAAUACUGCAAAAUGUUAGUCGAAGAGGAAGGAUUGCAGCUUUUGUGUGACAUCCAGGAGCACAGUGAGGCAGACCCCCAAGCACAGCAAAUUGCGACCUCCAUUCUAGAUGACUUCAGAAUGCAUUUUAUGAAUUAUCAGAGACCUCCUCUGUGUUGAAUGCCCUUUCUAACCCAAGAGGCGUAAGAGGUGCUCUCUUCCUCAAUGUCAGAUCUUCCUCCCUGUCAGAAAUUGAAUGUUGAGCUGAAUUGAAACAGGUCAUUGGAGUUUGUGAGUUGGUCACCUCAUAGGUUUGUUUUUUUUUUCCCUCGAUUUUCUGUAAGUUAUGAAAAGACUGAGUGUGUAUGAUAGUCAUAAUCCCAAAUCAAGUUGGAAUCAUUCUGGGAAUACCCUUUCAGCAGUUUUGUAAAAUCAAGCCCUGGACUCUGUGGGAAGACCUGUGAGCUUGUGUUGGAACAGCUGUGACAAUUACUUUUCUCUACCCCUGGCCAAUUUUGUAACUCUGUCAGAGGAAGGGAAAAAGACCUGCAGGGAGACCUUGAUAUUUAUGUUAAAUUUCAUGUUUGAAGGAAUGUCUUGAGUUGUUAUUCCUGGUUAUAUGAAGCCAUUGGAAAAGAAGUACUUGAAGAAAGUUGUAGGAAACAUAUGCUUAUAACUGUGUUGUUAAGAAGGCAGAACCUCUGUUGGAGGGGAAUGAAACUUUUUUUAAAAUAGGUACCAGAGUACCUUCCGCUGACUGGGUGGUGGGAAGAGAAAUGUAUUUUUACGAUUUUGGACAUUCUACCCUUGACCUACUUUCCUUCAGCUUUACACAUUAGACUGACCAGAGCAUUGUGUAUAACUGGGUGUGCCAGUGGGGCAUGGUCAAAAUUAGGAAUGAGCAUAAAGUAUUUAGAUGAAAGAUUAUAUGGGGAUUGUAAAUCUCAAUCCGUCAAUUUUUUGAGUAGGACUGUGACCAAAACUGAGAGAAAGAGGAAGGAGUUUGCCGAAGAUUUCAAGAAGUGCUCUUACCUAAAACGGAGAUGAGAAAAAUAUGGGCUUUUCUGAGGACUAGCCUCAGCCAGAAUAUAAACUGUAAGAAGCUUCUGUCCUCUGCAAACCUGCUCUAUGGAAAAGAGUAUGAAAUCUUUCUUUGCUUUAUUAUUGACAACUAACAAAACAUGUUUUGCUAUUCAUCUGUUUAAAUUUAAAUUUUUCAAAGAAAUAAAUUCCUUUUUG